GGGGGGGGGGGAGAGAGAGGAGAUUCACAGACAUACCGGAGAAAUGUGACAAUUCAACGGCGAUUUUCAUGGCGGAGGAGAAACUGCUGCGAGAGGAGUUGUUGUUGGACUCCGGUGAGCCUCGAAACGCUGGAUCAAAAUGCUCAUAGUGGAGAAGACCACAGACUUCCCCUCUGCUGAGUUCUCUCUAGUGGAGGAUGUAGCUCUGCACUUCACCUGUUUGAUGGACAGGCUGAACGAGCAGCGCCUCUUCCAGCCCGACCUGUGCGACGUCGACAUCGUUCUGGUCCGGCAGCGCAGCACCUUUCCGGCCCACAAGGGCGUGCUGGCGGCCUACAGCCCUUUCUUCCACUCCCUCUUCGCCCAAAGCAAGCAGCUGCGGCGGGUGGACCUGUCGCUGGACGCCCUGACCUCGCAGGGCCUGCAGCAAAUACUCAACUUCAUCUACACCUCCAAGCUGCUGGUGAGCAGCCGCAGCGUGCGCGACGUGCUGAACGCAGCCACCUUGCUGCAGAUGAGCGACAUCGCCGCCUCCUGUCGCGACCUCAUCAGCAGCCACUCGCUGAGGACCACCUGCACGGAUAUGGCAAAUCAGGAAAGGCUUGGCAGCGGGGACCCAGCGGUGGCCAUUACUGCCAGCCAGCUGUACCGGGAGAUCAAACAGGAGUCGGAGCUGGGCAGGGUGUACACGAGGGAGGGCAGCAGCCCGUUCUCCGUGCGGGUGGAGGAGGCGGGUAAGACGCCCUCCCAGCAGAAGCAGUACUACCAGAAAGAGGAGGGGAAAGGGGGCGGGGCCGGCUCAGGUGCUCACUGCAAGGUAGAAGGCAACGGCGAGGAGUCCAAGUCCGCAGACAGCCACUCCUCCUUCAACAGGGAUCAGAUCAUUGUUGAAGUGAACCUCAACAACCAGACCCUCAAUGUGUCAAAGGGAUCGGAGGGCAAAUCAACAUCCGCCACCGAGACGGCCAUCAUGUUUGCCCGCUGCCACGACACAGAGAGAGAUUCAGAUGAUGAUGACGAGAACGAGCUGGAGAAUGAUGCAAUUGAGGAAGAUGAGGACGACCUGAAGAGGGGAGAACUACUGGGGCAGAGCAGCGAGGAGGAAGAUGAAGAGGAGGAUGAAGAGGAGGAGGAGGAGAACACCCUGAACAUUCCAGGCUUGGAGCAGACGUCCAUAAUGGAUCGACCUCGACGGGGCAUCAGAGCCCUGGCCAUGGCGGGAACCACGACCUCCAUGCGGCACACGCUGGCAGAGGCUACACUAGCCAACCAGCGGCCGGGUGGGAAGAGGAAUCUGGAUGCCGAGGGCCUGGGCCAGAAGGUGAGGCUGGAGGAGAAGCAGCAUUUCCCGUGUAAGAAAUGCCCCCGCAUCUUCAACAACCGCUGGUAUCUGGAGAAACACAUGAACGUCACUCACAACCGCAUGCAGAUCUGCAGCAACUGCGGGAAACGCUUCCUGCUGGAGAGCGAGCUGCUGCUGCACCAACAGACCGACUGUGAGAAGAGCAUCCAGUGUGUAACAUGUGGCAAGGCCUUCAAGAAGCUGUGGUCAUUACAUGAGCACAACAAGAUCGUCCAUGGCUACGCCGAGAAGAAGUUCUCCUGCGAGAUCUGUGAGAAGAAGUUCUACACCAUGGCUCAUGUCAGGAAGCACAUGGUCGCCCACACGAAGGACAUGCCGUUCACCUGCGAGACGUGCGGGAAGUCGUUCAAGCGCAGCAUGUCCCUGAAGGUUCACUCUCUGCAGCACUCAGGAGAGAAACCCUUCAAGUGUGAGAACUGUAGCGAACGCUUCCAGUACAAGUACCAGCUGCGCUCCCACAUGAGCAUCCACAUCGGACACAAGCAGUUCAUGUGCCAGUGGUGCGGAAAGGACUUCAACAUGAAACAGUACUUUGACGAGCACAUGAAGACACACACUGGAGAGAAGCCAUACAUCUGUGAGAUCUGUGGGAAGAGCUUCACCAGCCGGCCCAACAUGAAGCGCCACCGCCGCACCCACACCGGAGAGAAGCCGUACCCCUGCGAGGUGUGCGGCCAGCGCUUCCGCUUCUCCAACAUGCUCAAGGCCCACAGGGAGAAGUGCUUCCGCGUCAGCAACCCCAUGGUCGCCGACGGAACCGACCCAAUCGGGCUCGACCACCCCCUUGGGUCCCCCGCUGUGGACUCGUCCGGUCAGGGCCAGCUGGGGACGGUGCUUCCCGUCAUGUCUGUGACCACGCCUCCUGCUGCCUCUAGCCCCCACCCCCUCCACGGCACCCAACUGUCCCUCCCCCUGCUGCACCCCAUAGGCGGGCUUCCUCCCGUCCCUCAUUUACGCCCACCGCCUCCCCUGUUCUCUGCCGGUAGGAUGAACUCCAACAACUAACAAAUCUCUCUUGCAUCGAAAGCACUUUGUUACCUUUUUGUUUAUACCGGGUUUUUUUUCUCUCUCUGAGCUUUUAAAGACGACUCGUGCUGCGGGAGAGUGAUGCACCUCCGUGACACAGAGGCGAGAAACGGAUUGAAGGCCACACAGAGGCCUCAUAAAAACAAACCUACACACACCACAAUAAUAAAUAAUUAUUUUUUACUCUCUUUAAUACAAUAGAUAACCUCAGUGUCCAGUAGGACGUGUCGUCAUCACUCUACUUUCUCUUCGUUUCACAACCCUGUCCUGGUUUCAUUUGGGAUUUUCCGACACCACAUUUUUCCAGAGCCUUGCACAAUGCAUUGAUUGUAGCAUCUUUUAAAAAGUGGGUGGAUGACUUUCCCUAAAUCUUCACUCAUCCGGGGGCUCAUCAGUCGAGUGAGAACCACAUUGGAAAAUAAAUGUUUUAUUUGCUGUUCUCUGCCAAGAUGUAGCGAGAGGUUCUGGUUCCUACCCAGCAAUUACCAAAUGCUGAUUUGUCUUUGAGCAUAUACAUGUAUACGGCGGCGUUGCCAAUAACCAAAUCCUGUUAGCUCACCUGCUAUAGUUAGGUAACGUUAUACAGCAUUUAUAAUCGAUCCUGCACCUUACAUUUAACUCUAGUGAUAUUUAAAAUGUAAUCCUACUUGUCCUCAUUUUUAUAAUUGUGAUCGUGUGUUAUUUGUGGCACGUUAACGUCAACUUGUAAGGACUUGAGAGAAGUGGCGACGCGUGGUUGAGUCGACUGUGCAAUGCAGUGUGUGGUGUUUGUGAUUAUGUUUGUGUGCGUGAGUGUGUGUGUGUGUGUGUGUGUGUGUGUGUGUGUGUGUGAGACGGACAGAGAGAUGGGAGGUGAGAAUAUUUAGAUUCUAUAUUCGCCUAAUUUACGCUUGAGCUUCCCUUAAAGCAGGAGACGGAGAAAUCUGUCGACUCGUUUUGUUGCUUACAUUAAGCAAGCUCGCUCCUCUCCUGCAGAUCUGGCUCCGAGACGAUACAGCACUUUUCUGUGACUUGUUAGUAAAACCCUAAUGUACUCUGACCUACAGUGUAUCUGUAGGUUUACUUCUAAUGUUAACGUUCAGCUCAUUUCUCCAAUAAACCCAAUCUGUGUAAUUAGUUUGCAGAAUACCAACCCUAUAGGGAUAAUAAUAUUCACAAACUCUGCUUAUGUAGCUCAUUACGUGUGCACAUUUCAUCAUGAUGUAUAUUGUGAAAUGUUUAACAUUAUAUUCCAAUGCCUAAAUCUCUUAAAGAGCACUGACAGUGAUUACUUUUGGCACAACAGAGCUCAUCACUAAAAGGGCUUGUAACUGUUACUGUACAGACUGACAGCAGUGACCUGCGGAAGUGAAGCAAAGUUAGGGUUGUGUAAUAUACUUGGUGUCACAGCCGCUCAGAAGAAAGUGGCUCAAUGUGCGCUCUUGACAGGUGAUAGUCACAAAUCUACUGGAGUAGAAGUUAAGGAAAUGUAAUCAAAUCCUUCUCAACAAAAAUGUCUCAACGGAAUAGUUCAGCAAUUUAGGAAAUGCACUUAUUUGCGUUCUUGUUCGAGACCAUAGACUGUAAAUCAAGGCGGACGGCGCAUCUCCACUUCCAUUUAAAGUCCGGAAAUGAAGCCAAACAUCCCGGAUAAGAACGCUGCCAUUUUGCACAUUUAGACCCCAAACAGCUGACCAAUCGUUAGUCAGCUGUCAGUAUUGAACCCCCAUUUUUAUAGCAUCACAUAACUAUAAAACCAAACUUACUGCAACAAUUAACCCUUGUACUGUUGUACACACAUCACUGUGAUAAGAACUUUCCCAAAAAUGACUGCAACCUUUAAAAAUAAUGUAUAUGAUGUGUACUUUUGGUCAAUGUCCCAUCGACUAGCAUGUGGCAGGCAGAAUGACCUAUACUAAAGACAGCCACCAGAGGGCAACCAAGACACUUUGGCUUCAUUUUUGGAGAGCUGGAGUGUCGUUCAUCUUUAUAGACAGCCUACAAUCGAUACGAUUUCCUACAUAUCGUAUUUGAAGCUACAUGCUAGAUUAGUAUAGACUGGAAAUGGCUUGUUUAUACAGCCACCAACGACUAAAAGUAAUCAGUAGACCGAUUUUGUCACCUAAUGUCAAUCUGUAUGUAUUGCUAAGCUAGCAUUAGUACUUUGACUUCUUGCGUCUCCCGAAAUUAUCUAAUUACAAAAUAAUAACCUGUACCUGUUAGCCACAUUGCUAAAGUGGUGGUUGCUACUUUUGAGCCAAACUAAGCUAACUGUUUCCACCUGUUUCCAGUCUUUGUGCUAAGCUAAGAUAACAGCUGUAUCUUGAUGAUAAAUGGACAUUAAUCAAGUUGGUGUAAGGAUAUGACUGUCAGCAAGAAAGCAAAUAGAUAUUGCCUCUAAAAUGUCAAACUAUUGUUUUUAAUCUGACAUUUCUUAUCCGAAAAGAGUCUCUGUGCACUAUCGAUGCACACCCGCUCACUUUAGCUCUAUCUAGCCUUCCCGUAGUGUCGCAUUAACCUGUAAAUAUUGUUAAGACGUGUUUCUUCCUUGUCAUUAAUUCCUAAUGUUUACAUUUGGAGAGUCAGUUGAAUGUGCCCCCACAUGUGUCUUGGCUGGUGACUAUAGAGGAAAUUGGAAUUUGCGGAUUAAUCUUCUGUAAAUAGGCCGUUGACUUGUUUUAUUUAAAAGACAGAUUAAAGCACCUUCGAGUAGUCUUACGUCUUCGCUCAUCCCAGUCAAAUGUAUUCCAUAAACUGCCAUGGAUAAAUGGACAGGGCCUCAUCAGAUGAUAUUUGAUGCUGGUACGUUUUCAAUGUUUUCUUCAUGUGUCAAACACAUGUUUUGUAUUUUUUGAUUUGCUGCUUUUUUCAGGGUCCAGUGAGACUGCCCUUUAAAUGAGAAGUCGAGAGCUGUUGAAUUGUUGGCUGUGAUGAAUCUGAUUGAGCCUUACUGCACGGUGAGCUCCAGGGUGGGAAAUGAGAUACGGUAGAGGAGGAGGUAACUGUCAACGAGUUAUACCUGACUAAGGUUUAAUCUCGCCAGUGGUGGAUGUGGACGAUAGGUUGUUGACACAGAGGGGAGAUGAAGGCAACCUGAACAAGGACUGUUGCUCUCUUGUGGCAACUAUUUAAACUGCACUCAAUUAACAAUCCUAAACUAAAGAAAGAGAAAAAUCUUCCUCAAAGUACAUUAUCAUUUAUUUGAGAAUUCCGUUCUCUUAGAGUCAUGAGAAGUGGCUAGAAAGCCACUUAACAAGUGUUUUCCCACUUUACUGUUUUCAGAAGCACGAGCCCGAGGGACAAUAUUGAAAUACUGUGGUAAUAGCUGGUGUGUUUGCCUUAUGAGGGAUCUGAAUGUGUUCUGGAUGUAGCUGACAGUAAAGGAGGAGGUAUGGUAGUUCAAACUACUGAUUUAUGCACUUUGAUCACCACACUUGUCCAUUAUAGGGACAUGUAUGCACCUGCGAGAUGGAAAGAAGAAAGCAGAGAUGUGUCACGUGGAAAUGUUUAAAUCCAAAGGCAUACAUUUUACAUUUAAAUGUACCGGGUAGAUUUUGAUGCUCAUGAAUUAUUAACAAUUUGAAUACAAAUCAGUGAUUUUCUCUGUCUCAUUUGUUUCAGACGUCACGGUUACUAAGUUGCAGGCCUUAACCUGACUUUGUCUCCUUGAAUAACUUAGAGGAUGUUUUGCUGUGCUGGGACAUCCUGCACACUGAGGACGACUGAGCUGUAACAACUCAGUUAUGUGUCACCGGGCCACUAAAAAGGCGUUUCUGAGUAUGGGCCUGUUCUUGCACUGUGCUCCUCUUUACGUAUUUGUGACUCCUCCCUUAGGAUGCAUUCAAUUCAGCUACAGCUGUCUGUGGUUUGUUUGUUCCCUGAUCACAACCACACAUGAGACUGUUAUGUUUCGUGUUCUGAGAAAGUGUCAAGGUAGGGAUCAUUUGCCAAAUUGAUAAAUGGGAAAGAUUCAAUGAUUAUUGUGAGCACUUUAUAAUCCAGCUCAGCUGGUCGGUUUUCGAAGGCUGAUGCAGUAGCACUUAUUUGAAUUUAAAAAAACCUGAUGAUAGUAUAGUUUUUUUAUUUUAUAUAUUUUGUUUGUUAUAUUUCCAUGGCAGAUGAUUAUAGGAAAUUUCAAAAGUGCAGUUUCUGCCAAACUUUUGUUCCUGGCAGGUGCUGAGUCCUCCGAAACAACAUUUCAACCAAAGGGAAAAAACCUGUUUGUUCAGACUCUGUUAAAACAAAACAUCUUACUGCCUGUACCUGAUGUACCUGAAAUAAUGUUACAGCAGAAUCUACUGAGUUAUGUACUUCCAAACCAAAUGAUGCAGUGUUAAUCAGCUGCUGUUCCGAUUAAUCAAACAAACAGCGUUUAAAUCAUCAUUUUGGAGGGAAAUGACUCUGAGCAGAUUAUCUGUUUCUUUACUUUAGAUUCAUCUAAUAGAUGGGGUUGUGUGUACAUUUUUUUGUAAAAAUUUAAUUUGAUUUAAACAUGUAGAGUGUAUAACACUGUAUCAAGGGACAGUUCAGAGACUGACCUGUCUUUGAAAGUCUAAAUCCAGCCUAGAAAGCAGCAUUUGCCUGUUAAUCCUUUGUCUUGGAUUAUUUAGUUAAUUAUAUCUUCCCAAAAAUUCAGCUGCAAAGGAGAGAAACCAACCCUGUGACAUCAGUAAAGCCAAUGGUUUAUAGAAACACAUUGUGUGAGUGUUUUUUUAAAUACAGUUUUUAAAAGUUAAAUGGCAGUAAAGCUGAGAUUCUAGUUAGUGAUAAAGGAGAUUUUGCACAGUGUUUAGGAUUCCUAGAUUCAAGGCAUGUAGGUUUUUAUGUCUUUUAAUUAGCCAAAGUCUCCGAGCAGCCAAAGGCUUGUGUUAAAUGAGGCAAAGGUGGACCUCCUCUUGUCCUUAAAUGAGGGGUUGUCAGUGAUUGAGUGGCUGCCUACAGCGUCAUACUGACUCUGCAUUCUGUGUCGCACCCAAGGAAAAUGAUCGUAACAUAAUGAAGCGUUGAGAACAGCAGGUAUCUCAAACCAGAGCGUUUGUCGAAAAAGGAAUUUCUUCUGUGGCCUUCAGCUUCUGAAAAAAGUGUUUUUUGUUUGUUUGUUUUUGUUUUACCAUAUUUUGGGCAAAUGUACGGAGCCACAAAACUGACAAUGUUUAUCAAAUGAGUCAAAAAUAUAAUAGAAUACAUCAAUAAAUCAAAUUAAGAAAAAUUAUGCACAGUAAUUCAAUCGUCAUGGAGUGUAACAAAGUCAAUGUCAUAGUCAUUGACAAAAAUGACUAUUAAAAAAUAUUUUAGAGAUUUAAAGUUUUGGGUCAUAUUCUGUCAACAGUAAACAUGUUUUGUUUUUGAAUGUGUUGUAUGAUUUAUGUUAGAUUUGUUCAGUUUAAAUUAAGUUUGAAAAAGAAUGAAAUCAUUAUGAAGCAUUAGCAUUAGUAAAUGGUGUAGUUUAAUGACAAAACCGAGCUUCAGCUUGGUAGCUUGCUGUCAAAGCUUGUGUUUCACUGUGUUUAACCACUAGCGUUAAUCAGCUAACAUUAGAGGUCCAGUGUGGAAGAUUUAGGUGAAAGGGUUCUAUUGGCAUAUAUCAAAUAUAAAAUCAUCCUAGUAAUGAUUUCACCAGUGUGUUUAAACUGUACAAAUUGUUGUUUUCUUUACCCUAGAAUUGGCCCUUUGUAUUUAAAUACUUUAUAUUAACAUCAGGCUCUCGUGUUUUUUUUACAGUAGCCUAGACUGGACAAACUAAACACCUUUUGAGUUUUUAUGACAGCUGAAGGCUUCCACAGGUUAUCUUUCAUGAUUGUGAGUAUGAGGUAUUCAUCUGCAACAUGCAUCUUAACCACUAGAUGUCACUUAACUCUGCACACUGAACCUUUAAGUUAGGUUUUAACACACACAAACCCAGGACCAGUCGCUGCUUUGAACAAACAUGAACAUUUCAUCUCAUGUAUAAAGAGCUUGAAAAAACGCACAAUACUGUUGGAAAUACUACAGCUAAAAUAGGCUACUUUAAAUGUAUUAAUAAACAAUUAAAGUAACAUUUUUAUAUUUCUCUUAACACUCUAUUUAAACAAUUGGAACAACUCAUUUAUUUGUUUGUUUUAAUGUAUUUUUGACUCAUCUGAAAAUAUUUGACCAUAUUUGGUCAGUUGCUGGGCUGACACAAUAACGUGAACACGUGUUGCUGGUUAUUUUGCAUGUGAACGUUUGGUUAAAACUUUCUUCAAAGGUGACAUCAAACCUCUUGGGCAAAGGUAAAUAUACGAUGAUACUCACCGUAGGCAACAACGCAGUGGACAAUUCAAAGAUGUAUUCUCCACAUACCCUCCAUGUUUCCCAUACAUUGCAGUUUUGUUGAAGACAUCUUAAUGUGUACUGUCAUUUGCUGAUUCUCCACUUUAUAAUGUAAACACUAUGUCUUAGUUAACUCUGGUGUACAAAGACCAUGUGUAAGCAGUAGUCGUCAAGUUCAGCUAUAUUAAAAUACUAAAAACAGUACAAGGACAGUAGUGUCUAGGGGUGCUAUAACAUUAGACUGUAUUUUCUGUCUUUUCUUGUAUUCUUGACUAGUGUCUACCGUCUGUAACACAGCAGAGCGUAAUGAAAUCAUUUCAAUAUUAAACAGUAUAGAUAUAUUAUUGCAA